AUGGGAAAGAGAGGUGGGCUUUUCAGAUAUGGUGAUGGUGUUGAUAAAUUGCUAAUGUUUUUUGGUACUAUAGGAUGCAUUGGAGAUGGGCUAAUGACUCCACUUAAUAUGUUUAUUCUUAGUACUCUUAUAGAUGAUUAUGGAGGUGCUACUAAUGAUGAUGCUUCUUUCACUAAUGAUAUUGUUGACAAGUACUCACUCAGGUUGCUCUACGUUGCAGUUGGAGUUGGUAUAUCCGCUUGUAUUGGGGGAAUUUGUUGGACAAGAAGUGCAGAGAGACAAACAAGUCGAAUAAGGAUGGAGUACUUAAAAUCAGUGCUUAGGCAAGAAGUUAGUUUCUUUGACAAGCAAGAUGCUUCCUCCAGUAAUAGUUUUCAAGUUGUUUCCACAAUUUCAGCUGAUGCUCAUUCAAUUCAAGAUGCUAUAGCAGAGAAGAUACCUAAUUGUGUUGCUCACCUGUCAACAUUCAUUUUUGGCCUAAUUCUUGCUUUCUACCUUUCAUGGAGACUAGCAUUGGCUUCAGUUCCAUUUUCACUUGGUUUUGUUAUACCUGGUGUAGCAUUUGGGAAGCUACUUAUGAUCCAAGGAAUGAAGAUGAAGGAUGCCUAUGGAGCUGCAGGGAGUGUAGCAGAACAAGCAAUUUCAUCAAUUCGAACAGUUUACUCUUACGUUGGAGAAAAUGAAACACUACAAAGAUUCAGCAAUGGUCUUGAGGAAAGUUUGAAUCUUGGUGUGAAGCAAGGGCUUACUAAGGGAUUGUUGUUAGGAAGUAUGGGAAUGAUUUAUGUCUCAUGGGCAUUUCAAUCCUGGGCAGGGAGUGUACUUGUUGCUAAUAGAGGAGAAAGUGGUGGUCGCGUUUUUAUAUCAGCUCUUUGUGUUGUUCUUGGAGGACUGUCUUGUAUGAGUGCACUUCCUAAUAUAUCAUUCAUCACUGAGGCAACAAUUGCUGCUGCAAGAAUUUUCGAACUGAUUGAUCGUGUUCCUCAAAUAGAUUCUGAAGAUAGUAAAGGGAAAAUUCUAGCAUAUGUAAGAGGAGAUAUCGAGUUUAAGGAUGUUACUUUCAGGUAUCCAUCAAGACCAGAUAUCCAGGUCCUCCAAGAUUUUAGUCUUAAAGUGAAAGCUGGAAAGGCUGUAGCAAUUGUGGGAGGCAGUGGUUCCGGAAAGUCCACUGUCAUUUCUUUGCUAGAAAGGUUUUAUGAUCCAAUCAAAGGAGAUAUCUUACUUGAUGGACAUAAAAUAAAGAAACUGCAGCUUAAAUGGUUGAGAUCUCAGAUGGGGCUUGUAAAUCAGGAGCCUGUUCUAUUUGCUACAUCCAUCAAGGAAAAUAUACUCUUCGGCAAAGAAGGAGCUUCAAUGAAAAUGGUUGUUGAAGCUUCUAAGGCUGCAAAUGCACAUGAAUUUGUAGCCUCUUUACCGAAUGGGUAUGAUACUCAUGUGGGACAAUUUGGUUUUCAAAUGUCUGGUGGACAGAAGCAAAGGAUUGCUAUAGCAAGGGCAUUGAUUAAGGACCCGAAAAUUCUUUUACUCGAUGAAGCUACAAGCGCACUGGAUGCACAAUCAGAAAGAAUUGUCCAAAAGGCCCUAGACCAGGCUUCACAAGGAAGGACAACAAUCAUCAUUGCCCAUCGCCUCAGUACAAUACGCAGGGCUGACAAAAUUGUAGUCCUUGAGUCAGGGAGAAUUGUUGAAUCUGGUUCUCAUGAUGAUCUAAUGUGUAAGACUGAUGAAGAAGGUGUUUACUUUAAAAUGGUCAAAUUGCAGCAAUCAACAACAAACGGUGAAGGGCCACCUAGUCCGUAUGUUCCUAAAGAGACAAGAAGCUACACGAGGAGUUAUAAUAUGCCUAGGUUGCCUUAUGUCGCUUUGUCAAGUUGGCAAAAUAGCCCUGCCUCUCCUUUUAGCCCAGCAAUAAGUGUCAGUUAUGCUCCCACCAUUCAUACAUGCUCUUAUUAUGAUAGUGACCAUGAGUAUUUAGAGAAUUUCUCUCAUCCAAGUCUCUCAACGUGGCGUUUGCUCCAAAUGAAUGCACCCGAGUGGAAGAUAGCUUUGUUGGGAUGUUUAGGAGCUAUUACCUUUGGUAUACUUCAACCACUUUAUGCAUUUUGCUUGGGAUCAGUUGUAUCAGCAUAUACAUCAAAUGAUAUUUCAAAGAUAAAGUCGGAGAUCAAAGUUUACAGCAUAGUCUUUUUGAGCAUAGGUUUGACCAGCUUCAUUGCCAAUCUACUCCAACAUUACAAUUUUGCUAAAAUGGGAGAGAAACUGACCAAGAGAAUCAGGGAAAAGGUUCUUUCAAACUUGCUAACAUUUGAAGUGGGCUGGUAUGAUCGAGAUGAGAACAUGAGUGCAGCAGUCUGUGCAAGGCUCUCCACUGAAGCUCGUAUGGUUCGAUCCCUUGUGGGUGAUCGUAUGUCAUUGCUACUACAGGUUUUUGUCAGUGCUUCAACUGCUUUUGUGCUUGCAUUGAUUGUUGCAUGGAGAGUUGCUAUUGUACUAAUAUCCAUACAACCUUUACUCAUAGCAAGCUUCUACUCGCGAAGUGUUCUGAUGAAAAGAAUGUCAGAAAGAUCCCAAAAGGCACAGAGUGAAGGAAGCCAGCUAGCAAGUGAAGCAGUAAUCAAUCACAGGACUAUCACCGCCUUCUCUUCUCAAGAUAGAAUGUUGGACCUCUUUACUGAAACUCAGAAAGGGCCAAGAAAAGAAAAUAUUCGACAGUCAUUGCUUUCUGGUGCUGGCUUGUUUUGCUCUCAAUUUCUAACCACAGCUGCCAUUGCCUUAACAUAUUGGUAUGGGGGAAGACUAAUGAACAGAAAGUUACUCACUUCAAAGCACCUAUUUCAAGUUUUCUUCCUUUUGAUGAGUACCGGAAAAAAUAUAGCAGAUACUGGAAGUAUGACUUCUGAUUUGGCAAGAGGAAGCAGUGCAGUUGCAUCUGUAUUCGCUAUCUUAGACCGAAAGACUGAGAUUGAACCUGAGAACUCUGAAGGGCUUAAAGUCACAAAGGUUUUAAAAGGAAAUAUAGAGCUGAAGAAUAUCUUCUUUUAUUAUCCGUCUAGGCCUGAUCAAGCAAUCUUCCAAGGAAUGAACCUGAAAAUUGAAUCUGGAAAAACAGUAGCACUUCUUGGACAAAGUGGUUCUGGAAAAUCCACCAUCAUUGGCUUGAUAGAAAGAUUCUAUGAUCCAAUAAAGGGACAAGUUCUAAUCGAUGAUAGAGACAUCAAAAGCUACAACUUGAAGAGCUUAAGAUCACAUAUUGCUCUAGUGAGUCAAGAACCCACCCUUUUUGCAGGAUCCAUACGCGAAAAUAUCAUUUAUGGUAAAGAAGAAGCUACAGACUCCGAAAUCAAGAAAGCUGCCAUUCGUGCUAAUGCUCAUGAAUUUAUAAGUGCUAUGGAGGAUGGUUAUGAAACUUAUUGUGGUGAAAGAGGAGCACAACUCUCAGGAGGGCAAAGGCAAAGAAUAGCACUUGCACGAGCGAUACUAAAAAAUCCAACUAUACUUCUUCUAGACGAGGCAACUAGUGCGCUGGACAGCGUAUCUGAGAACUUGGUACAAGAAGCAUUGGACAUGAUGAUGAUCAAUAGAACAAGUGUAGUUGUAGCUCAUCGCUUAUCAACGAUACAGAAGGCAGACAUCAUAGCCGUGAUUAAAAAUGGAAAGGUUGUGGAACAAGGAUCACAUUCUCAGUUGCUUUCCCUUGGAAAGAAUGGCUCUUAUUAUGGACUAAUGAAGUUGCAAUCUGGCCAUUCUCCUUAUAGGUGA